ACAAAAAAAAACUUUCGUUAUUAUUAAUUAUGUUUUUCCUGUUGAACAAUUAGAAUUGUAAGCAGUGAUUGUUUUAAUAGUUUAAACUGUACAAUAUUACCAUUUGACUACCUAGUGAUCUAGAAUAUUAUCAUUUGACUACAAUUUAAUAAUAUCAUUUGACUAUUAAGAUGCAAGAGCUAUUUUUAAUGAACUGGGAGAUCUCCAGCCUGACCCAAAAAUUACAAUCUUGUGCGAAUUCGUGUUCAAUAAUUGACCUCAAAACAGUCUCUUUCCUCAACCAGCUAAUCGACACCGUUGCUGCCAUUUUGACAAACAAAUCGCUAAUACCCCAGGAUGAAUGGGAUAGCAAAGAUCGAGCAAUCUUUAAUAAUUAUACUUUCUCACGAAGUAUCAAUUGCAAGCACUGUGGGCGAUCGGUGAAAAUGACAAAACCGAGCUUGAUGAAACAUCUUAAAGAGGAGCACAAAUCGCUACCGGAGCUCACCAACAAGUUUCUCGAUAGUUUGGAACGAUACGCAAACUCGGCCUACGCAGCUUAUGAGAGCGAACAGCUCCAGGCAACUGAUUUAACUUCCAAGAAGUCUAGUAAAAUCAAAAGUGGCAUUGCGGAUGAUAAUAACGCAUCGUCAAAUCAACAACAGAAAUCAAAAGCAAGCUCGAAAGAAAUUAACAAAACACAAGUCACAAGCAAGACUAACUCACUGAAAACUCGCAGAAAGAAAAAACCACAACCUAGCGAACCUCAUCACACUAAUGAAGAUAAGCAAAAACAGAAGUCCCCUACACGUGUAGUCGAGUUAACUUCCACGAAGAUUCGUCAAAACGGCAUUACGAAUGUUAAUAAGACAUCAUCAAAUAAGCAACAGAUUGCAGAGCCUAGCUCGAAAGAAAUUAACAAAACACAAGUCACAAGCAAGACUCGCAGAAAGAAAAAGCCACAACCUAACGAACCUCAUCACACUAAUGAAGAUAAGCAAAAACAGAAGUCCCCUACACGCGCAGCCGAGUUAACUUCCACGAAGAUUCGUCAAAACGGCAUUACGAAUGUUAAUAAGACAUCAUCAAAUAAGCAACAGAUUGCAGAGCCUAGCACGAUACUGUUAAAUGGACCCCAAGCCACUGAUAAUAAAUGUUACGUGCCAGUAAAAGCAUCCAACAAUAAAAAAUCACAACCUGCCGAACCACGGCAAACCAACGAAAAUAAGAUAAAACGAAAGCCCCGAAGACGAAUGCCGAUGCGAGAUGAUAAUUGUUUAGAGGUAGGAUGCUUUCCGCAGUACGAUGUGGGUCUAACAAAAAAGUUAACAAAAUUUCUGGGAACAAAGCCUAUGACUUUUCUGGAAGAUCGGAUGGCAGGGUGCAUUGAGGUUAUUAACUCUCCGGCGCAUACCAAAAUAGCACAAAGUUUGGUAGAUUUGCUCAAAUUGAACUUUCCCAAGGUGAAAGUUUACCCGUUCGGCUCUCGGGUAGCAGGACUCGGCGAUUCAGCGAGCGAUUUGGAUGUGUUCCUCGAUCUAUACAACUGUUUCGAUGGUGCGAAAUAUUCCAAAGUGGAGCAGGAAGUUUUCGUUGGCUUAGUUCACCGAAAGCUACAAAAGUCCAACGAUUGGACCAGUCUUGUUCCAAUCAUUAACGCAAGAACUCCUAUUUUGCGUGCUUGGAACACCGUAGAGAAAAUAGACUGUGACAUAUCGUUUGCGAAUGGGUUGUCCUACUGCAAUACCAUGUUAAUAAAGUAUAUGUUUGAAUUACAGCCGAUAUGUUAUCGAGUGGCUCUCUACGUGAAGGAAUGGGCUCGACUAUCAAAUAUUGAAGGAUUGAAUAGCUAUACAUUGAAUCUAUUAACAAUCUAUUAUUUCCAAGUUCAAAAAUUACUGCCCUCGGUGUACGAUCUACAAAAGGAUUCCACGGAACGAUGCUACAUAAAAUCUUGGCGAUCUGACUUCGAACGUCUUACCCUGGACGAGUUGGAUAUUCCAUUGGUAACAGAAUCAGCAUUGGAGACUUAUUUGGUUGGAUUGUUUGUGUUCUAUGGGAUGCGCUUCUGUUUUGAAACUAGCGUGGUGUGCACCUAUCUAGGAUGGGCUCCACAAAAGAAAGAUUUUGAUCCAAAGGUCAAAGAAAUUCCUUGGCAAAUGGAAACAUUGCUGGACUACUACGAGGAUGAUAACAGUGAAAAAUUGGCGUACACAAAACCAAUUGUUGUUCAAGAUCCAUUCGAUUUGAUUCAUAACGUAGCCAAAGGCCUUUGUCCAUUAGAUGCCAGUAAGUUACGACAUUAUUUUAUGAAAUCGGCACAGUUACUUGAUGAAAAAUUCACCCACCUAUCUAACGGUAACAAAUGA